GUACAAGGGAUAUGCAUCAUAUAUGCUUUUAUAUUUUCUACGCUUAUGUUCUUGUCAGCUAAAGCGAAAGGCAAGAGAGCUCGAGAGGUUUCGACGGAGAGAGCGAAAGCGAAGCGGGAACCGUCCACCGGAUCUAUUGUUGCCACCGUCGCUACGCGCCUCUUCCGGCGGUCAUUGAAGCAGAUUAGCAGUGCAGGGGGGAAAAAAGAUCUAGAAAUAAGCAAAAGCCAAAUAGCUCGGACUCUUUCUCCCUUGUGUACCUUCGUCGUUUUCGAAUCUCCGUUCGACAGCGGGACAAAUCCACAUUCUGAUAACCGCAUCGAACCUCGAAAGGCGUUCUUCACACCCUUAGGGUAUAAUAUACGGUUUGUUUGUGAGACAUGUCUUCUGCUCAAGAUCCCUUUUAUAUCGUGAAAGAGGAGAUUCAGGACUCUAUUGAUAAGUUGCUAUCAACGUUUCAACAAUGGGAACGGCUUUCUUCUAAUGCUGGAGAGCAAGCGAGCCUCACAAAGGAGCUUCUCGCUAAUAGUGAGAGCAUCGAGUGGAAGGUGGAUGAAUUGGACAAAGCAAUUUCUGUAGCAGCUCGAGAUCCUUCUUUGUAUGGCAUUGAUCAAGUGGAACUUGAGAGCCGAAGAAGAUGGACUAGCAGUGCCCGCACUCAGGUAGGUGAUGUGAAGAGGUCAGUGGUUGCUGGAAGAGAGGCUAUUGAGGGCGGAGCUACAAGCUUACAUGGGAUGCGCAGGGAGUUGAUGAGGCUGCAAAACUCUCAACAUACAGCUGGAUCCAACCAGUACAUUGACGACAAUGAUAAUUUUAUACAAUCUGAAUCAGAUAGACAGUUGCUUCUUAUUAAGUAUAGAGUUCUUUUCCCUUGCUUUAGAAUUUUGUUUAUUUGACUUUCUCUUACUAGACUCUGGUUAUUUUCGUAAUUCAUUAGGUUUCAGGAUUUGAUGGGUGCUUACUGACCCUAUUCUUUCACUGUCUUGCCAUAAAGGCAGCAAGAUGAAGAGCUGGAUGAACUGAGUGCUAGCGUUGAGAGAAUUGGUGGUGUCGGGCUUACCAUCCACGAAGAACUUCUUGCACAGGAAAAGAUCAUUGAUGAUCUAGGCAACGAAAUGGACAGCACAACUAACCGGCUCGAUUUUGUUCAGAAAAAGGUUGCGAUGGUCAUGAAGAAGGCUAGUGCUAAGGGCCAGUUGAUGAUGAUAUUGUUUUUGAUAAUUCUGUUCAUAAUCCUGUUUGUGCUGGUCUUCUUGACUUGAGUCGUAAAACCAGUUGGAAAGGAAUAUGAACGGGAUGAUGGGAGAUCAGUUUUGGAAUGACGAGGAAUGUAUGAAGAAGAAUUGAUAUGCAGGCACGUCCCGGAAACCUUGGCUAGGUUUUGCCCGAAGAGGAUGAAGGAUUUAGUAUGCCGGUAGAAUUUAGCAGCAGCAUUCUCGAAUUCACAUUACCUAUAUUAUAUUUGUGUCCCUUCGGUUAUAGAUAGAUGGUUUUGGUCUGAUUGGCACCGGGAGGAUGAGUCGUAGAAUAAAUACAUAGUUUGUUUGGUUUUGUUCUCUGUUCUGGAAUGGUCAAUUUGUGAUCUGGUAUCAAAAUCACAGUUCUUGCUAUAUUUGCUUUUUGCCAUAUGGUCACGUUGCUUUGUGGUCCUCGUAUCGAAGUGAAUGCUCCCCUUCUGAGUCAAGUCCG